UUUUCGGUGCCCACCUGUGGCUGUGUGCGUUGACUAUAAUAGUCCGCAAUCCACAACCCGAUAUGACAUAUCUGGGCGACUCAAGAUCUUCACUGGAGAUGUACCAGAGAAAUGUCUCCAUACUUUGGACACACAAUCUAGGGUUUUGAGUAAGAGAAGAACUAUAGAAGAUUCUGUAGAAUAUAAAUGUUGAGACUCUUCAAAUCUUAUACUCUUAAAGGAACCGACUGACCAGGUAGUUCAGUUCCAAAAAGCUGUGAUUCGGCGAAACACAAAACAGAUCUCCAUUGGGGAAGUGUUCUUAAGCGAUUACCACCUUUGAGAGCAGACACGCAGCCAGUCAGACGCCUUUCUAUAGUACGGGAGGUCUGCUUCGUACGACUCGGCAUCACUCCUAUAAGCAUGCAUGAUGCUAUCCUCUCUCUCUUUCUCUCUCUUUAUCUCUAUCUCUCUUUCUCACUCUCAUUUCAUCUCUCUCUCUUUCGCACGCUCUUUCUAUUCGGAUCUACCCCUACCUUAUGCAGCAGUCCCCGUAUUCGCAUGGCAUUGCUGUGUGGGUAAGGUGUGUGUGCAAGACCCAACCCAGUGGGGGGAUACGAGACUGGUGACCCCAACGCCAGUUUAGAUCCGAACGCAAACGAGACUGGCAGCACUCAGCGCCAGUGCAGGCAGUGGUCAAUAGUAGACAAGCAAGUCUUGGUUUGCAGCUCCAAAUCGAUCUACAAUCAACUGCCAUUCCGGGUGGGCGAAAACCAAGAGCAGUGCCGACGCUGCGAUCAAACUAUAAUCACCCGCCAUUCGGCACAGACCGCCACCCGGGCGGGAUCCUGCACCGAUACUAGUCUUGUUUUUUACUUGCUCACGUUUUGACCAAAGUUUGUUCGGUGGUGUGUAGUUGCCGGGUAGUUACCCUCCUCCGUAAGGCUGUGCGAGUGCGAGUGUGUGUCCGGCGGGUCGAUGAUACCGAGACCGUUUUGUCGUUUAGCGCUGUGAGUCCUAACACCUCGGGAAGUAGUAUAGUUUGCUUAAGAGAAAGCGUGUGGCGUGAUUGUGUUACUGUGUGUGUCUGUGUUUGUGUAUGUGGAUUAGCACACCAACCCGGAAGCAGUAGUGUUGAGACGCAGUGUAAUUUGGACGCCCGAGGAUCACGUCCAGCAAUCGUCCAAUACUUCAUCGACGGCAACGAAAACCCAGGGCGACAUCAUGCGUGCCCUAGUCGUGGCUUUAUUCGGAGCCGCCGUCUGUCUAGCAAACGCCCAACAAAACAAGGAGGAGAAGGAGUUCAAGUGUCCCAUCGAGCAAGGCAACGGUAACUUCGCCGAUCCGGUCACAUGCCGUCGAUUUUAUCAGUGCGUUGAUGGAUUUCCGUACCUAAAUCGCUGCCCAUCCGGUCUGUACUUCGAUGACAUCCAGAAGUACUGCACUUUCAAGGCGGAGGCAAAAUGUGGUCCACUAGCGUCAACACCGGCAGCGACAACCGAAUCACCGAUCGAUCUGGCGAAAAAAUGUAAUCCGGCCGAGUGUGAGCUGCCGUACUGCUACUGCAACAAGGAUGGCACCCUGAUCCCGAAAGGUCUCGACCCAGAAGAGACGCCACAGAUCAUUCUGCUCACCUUCGACGGUGCCGUCAAUCUGAACAACUACGAUCACUACCGGAAGGUGUUUAACGGCAAGCGAAAAAAUCCGAACGGUUGUGAUAUCAAGGGUACCUUCUUCAUCUCGCACGAGUACAGCAACUACCAGCAGAUCCAGACGCUCGCCAACGAUGGACACGAAAUUGCUGUCGAAACCAUCUCCCUGCAGAUGGGUCUCCAGGAUAAGGGUUACGAGGAGUGGGUCGGUGAGAUGAUUGGCAUGCGUUCGAUUCUGAAGCACUUCUCGAACGUCACGGCGAACGAAAUCAAUGGUAUGCGGGCACCGUUCCUGAAGCCGGGCCGUAACACCCAGUACAAGGUGAUCGAAGACUUUGGCUUCAUCUACGAUAGCUCGAUCAGUGUACCGCCGAACCCGAUCCCGGUGUGGCCGUACACGCUCGACUAUAAGAUACCGCACGAGUGUAAGAGCGGCACCUGUCCGACGAAAUCGUUCCCGGGCAUCUGGGAGGUACCGCUGAAUGCGCACUUCGUCGAGAGCUACGAAGGGGGCCACUGCCCGUACAUGGACCAGUGCGUGCUGCACAAUCACGACGCGGAGGAGGUGUUUGCAUGGCUACAGGAGGACUUCGAACGGUACUACUACCAGAACAAGGCACCGUACAUGAUGCCGUUCCACACGAACUGGUUCCAGAUUAAGGAGCUCGAGCGUGGUCUACACAAGUUCCUUGACUGGACGCAAACGAUGCCGGACGUAUGGUUCGUGACGAUCACGCAGGCACUCACCUGGAUUACCGAUCCGAAAACGAACAAGCAGCUCGGCGGGUACGAACCGUGGAACUGCAAGAGCAAAAACACCCAAACGCCGAAACCGUGCAACCUCUCGAACAAGUGUGCGCUCGCAUUCAAGGAACCGACGUCAAACAUUAGCGAUACCCGCUACAUGGAGACCUGCUUCGAUUGCCCGGCCGUCUAUCCCUGGCUCGGCGAUUCGCACGGUUCCGGCAUCCCCGGCCGUGACAACUACAUCGACCAAUCGGAGGGUGGCGGUGGUAGUGCCGGGCGCGACCAAGGCGAUGACGAGGAGCAGAAGUAAGCCGUACGAGGCGUUGCUUUGGUCCCUAAUUUUUAGAUGUAACGUUUUUCAUUUAAAACAAAAUAAUAUUCGAGCUCCGUUGCGAUGAAGGGACACCUUCCCUUCCCCCCGGAACGGAAGCACCCUGUGUGUGCACGCUGAUUAACAGCAUCACAGAAUAGUGUGGGGAACAAAACAAAUAAAAACAAAAAAAACAUUCGAAACCCGUUUGACCAAGAGAGUACCAACGUUCCGUAAUCUAACCGAUCCAUAUAGACAGCGGGACAGUGUUGUGAAACAGGAUAUGUAAUGUUUCCUACAUGAUACAAUUUAGAAACCCAUGGAACCGGGCAAAAAAACCUGUCCUCGAACAUGUAUGGUUGACUUCCGAUACAUAAGAACGUUGAAUAAACUCACACAAAAAUA